AUGUGCCUUUUCCCAUUUUUCUCUUUCAGAAAGGCAGACAAGGUCAUCUACCAUGAUGACUUACCAGCAUAUCGGCCCAUCGAUCAAGAACCAAGCCCACCUUCUACAACUCGGUCGUACAAAUACACCUUUGACAUUCCAUCACCUGGAACCAUGAAUAUCACUGCAAGAAAUGAUGGUACUUUGAUUUUUCACCAUAUUCCUACCGCCAAGACCGGUUUCUCACACGGAGGUAUUACGGGAGGGUUUGAUGGUGGGGACAAUGUCACUGGUUUGAGUGCUGAAGCGAGACAAGAGAAGUUGGACCAAACAAAGUUGAGACUUCAAGAAGCAAGAGCCAAAUUCCAAGAGUCAAUGGACCGCCUAAAUCAAGAAUUAACUCUUGUGAGGGAUGAUGACUCUGCGACUCUGUUAGAGAAUGAGGAUGUGGGAAGUUCAAUUGGGGAUGAAAUCCCUUUUGAGGACAAUGAUUGUAAGGAACUAGUCAAGAUUUAA